AUGAGCGAAGAAGAUAACAAUUUAAGUGUUUCAAUUGACGAGUUAGAGGAUCGAUUAAAUAAAUUAGAGUUUAUGCUCUUAGGUUCACAGCAAACAUCAAGUGAUUCAUUAUUGAGACUACCAUUACCAACAUUUAAUCAAAUUUCAUCUACUGCAAGCAAACCUACACCAUCAGGUAGAUCAAGAUCCUCAAGUGUAUCACAACAAUUACAUCAACAAAAUCAACAACAGGAGCCAAUAACAGAAUCUUUGGAAAAAUUUAAAGCAAUAAUAAAUAAAAUUAAAUCUGAAAAUGAAUCAAUAAAUAAUUUUAUGUUAAUAUAUAAAGCAAACGAAUCAUUAUUCAAUAAAGUAAUGGAUAAUGAAACAUUAUUAAAUAGUGUCGAAAAAUUAGCAAUUAUUUUAAGUGCAGAAGACGAAAUUUAUACAACAUCAAGAAAUCUUCAAAAGUUACACGAAUUGGAGAAAUUUAUAAACUCAAACUCAAUGCAAUCCAUCCCAACUUUAAAUGAAAAACUAAAACCAAUUGAAAAUGUUCAUUUUGAACAAGAAAUUAUUGCUGUACAAUUAAAUAAAAAAUUAGAAGAAAAAGUUCAAGGUUAUAAUGAUAUCAUCCAAGAAAUUUCAAACAGAUUCGCUUAUUGGGAUCAAAUUUUAACAGAAUUAGAAAAUAAUAAACCCCUAACUUCUAUUGAAUAA